AUGGAAGCUGCUCGCUCCGGGUUAUGGGCUCCUGGCUGGUAUGUUUAUUCUAAACUUCGAUAUUGGGCUUAUUUUUUACAACAGAGUGUCGCGACCGAGUAUCUUCACUUAACAGAAGACAACAACCGUGGCAGAAAAGAUUACUACCUUGAGCCGCAUGAUUCAGACCCCACUGUUCCUGUGACGAGAGCAGAUGUUUAUGACAGGUUAGUACUCUCGAUUAAGCAUUUGGCUUUUGUUCUUGAAAAGUUCAGCCACAAGCGAGUUGGGUUGUCCAUACCCGGUAUUCCGUACCCAUAAAGGAGCCAACAAGUCCCAGGCUAAAGAACUUCCCAAUAUUAGUUCGACAAUGAAUACGUUAUGUUGUGUUAAUUCAAUAACUGAUAGGUGGGGCCAGUUCUGCUUAUAUACUAGUUUGGCCACUAAGGGGGGCUUAUUCGGGGAAGAAAUAGGUUCUUCAAAGGAGUACUGAGGAGACAGUAUAUCGUUAAUGAGACACGUGCAUGGUCAUGGCAAAGAACGAAAGGGACUCAGUUACAUUGUUACGUAAGAAAUAACAUUGCUUAACUCGUGGAAACAGAUAAUGGUCUUGCUGUGCACGGGAAAUUUAAAAUUGAGAUGGAGGUGAUUGUUAUUCAAGGAGACUCUUAUUUUUCAGUUUGGCAGGCGAAUAUUUAAGGGGAAGACGCUUAAUCACCGUGAACGCCUUUUAUUUUUGACAUUUAAUGCGUAAAAGCCUAUAAAACUCAGAGUGAGAAAAUCUAACUCCGUUCGCUACGUAGAAAUCAUGUUUCGAGUCCAUUGCGGUUGGCAUCAAGAUUUGAAAUAAUGAUAAUAAAAUAGAGCAUUGCGAUCUUGUCUCACAGGAAUUAUCGGCUCGUCGUAAAAUGUUUUAGUGUGAUUAACGUUGCCUUCUAUAAUCGUGCGCAUGAUCUAAAAUAUAUGGUCAAUUUUAUAGGAAUCUACUAUGGUUAAACAGCAAUGUUUUCUUCUUAUAGGCGAUCAAGUGAAAAUAUUGCAAACAAUCCCUUGCCUCCAUUACCAGCUGACAUGGAAGAUCAAUUCGAUCCGGAAUCAGAGGAGAGACCAUAG